AUGGAUUUCGUGGCGCUCUUUUUCCCUUGUCGGGUUUUGUCCCAAUGGGUUUUCCCGAUAAGGUGCUAUGCUCAGGAUGGAGAUGGCGGGACGGGAAAGGCGGGUCAGUAUAUCCCAAUUGCCAUCAGUAGCGCAUGUGUCGAUGAAGAUCGGAGUCCCGCGGGCCUGUACCGCCAAGGCUUGUGCAAGUCGCGGCCAUGGCGCGAGAUUGGAACUACACUGUCGAAAAAACGAUUGAGUGUGAAAUUGCUGCUACCUGACGACGUUAUAGAGCUCAUACUAGAGAGACUUCCGGUGAUGUCUUUGCUGAGAUUCAAGUCCGUAUCCAAGAAGUGGAAAUCCACAGUAGAGGACCGUCGUUUUCAGGAAAGGCAGUUGCUCUGUCGUAAGCAAUCACGAGGUCCAGAUUUCCUUUUCAUGUCCCUUCGUGAUGAUGAUCAGAUCAUAAAGCAUGCUCCAAUAAUUUUUUAUAGGUCAGAAAUAGUUUAUAAUAUGUGGUUCCGUUCUUUGUGCUGGUCGAUAUGCCACGGUAGUUGUGACAGUCUAGUAUGCCUCUAUGACACGCGUGUCGGUGUAGUAGUGGCCAAUCCCGCCACUAGAUGGUAUCAAACUUUUCCUCUUGCAAGAAUACAACACUACAUGUCUAGACACGGAGUGUCUGUCUCCCCAAGUCCUAAGCUUGGAUUCGGUAAAGACAAACUUAACGGCACGUACAAGCCGGUUUUCUUAUAUAAUUCGUUUGGGUUUGUCCUAGACAAUGUUACCACUUGUGAGGUUUUCGAUGUUAGCACUAAUGCUUGGAGGUACGUUCACCCUGCUUCUCUUUAUCGGAUCAACGCUUACAAUAAUCCAGUGUUCUUUGAUGGGUCGCUUUAUUGGUUAACGGAGCUUGAAGAAAAUGUAUUAUCAUUCGAUCAUCACAAUCAAACUUUUCAAGUAAUCUGCAAAGCUCCCAUUGCCCAUGUCUGUGACCCUUCUAGCGUCUCCAUGUGCAUCCUUGAUAAUAGCUUGUUUGUAUCCGAGAAUAACUGGUCCACCUUAGAGAUAAGGUCGUUGGAUUGUUCACGCGGCAACACCAAGACAUGGAAGAAAAUGUGUUCGGUGGGUCUAAUCAAAAGAGUCUCUUUCUUCAGGGAAUGCGCACUCUUACCAAUAGCAAUCUUGGACAAGACUAAGUUAUUACUUGGGGGUCAUGAAUGCACACAUCAACUGGUGAUGCAUGUUCUCCAUACCAUAAAUGAUGAAAUACUCUACAGAUCUAAGAAACCCAUAGAUUCUUUUUGUUAUAUCCAAAGUUUGUUUUCAGCUUUAUCAAACUAAUUUUCUCUUUCUAAUCUAACGUUUUAAUGUGACCCUGAUCUUCUCCCCUUUGGCUUAUUAUAUGUUUAUUACACAUUCCUAGUAGUAAUGUUUAAAAGUACGUUUAUAUCACUGUAUCAUACAUGCAUUUUAACAUCCAUUGAUAAUUUAAAAGACAUGUUCACAUUUGCUUAUGUAACUAUGACUUUUUACGUUGUAACUUAUAGCAUGAACAAGUUUAGUGCAUGCUUGUGCAACUAGCUAAGUACCAAUUUGAUGGAUAGUAGUCAUGAUCAUGUGAACGUUGAAUCAUUCACCAAUGCAAGUAAUAUUACUUUGUUUUUAAGCUAAUUAAUUUCCAAAUUG